AUGGGUUCUUGUUUGGGUAAAAAAUCAUCAUCAGCUAUUUUGGAAGCAGUUCAUCCAAGUGCAUUAAUUCCUGUGAUUGAUUCCACUACCUUUCUAUCAACUUCUGCUGCAAUCGUUAUUGAACAAUCAAGCGGAAAUCAUAUUAAAACAAAUUGCGCCACAACGGUUUCAACAAAAUUGCCCAAUACAAGUCCACCAUUGUUUGUGGCACUAUUCGAUUACGACGCACGAACAGACGAGGAUUUAAGCUUCAAAAAGGAUGAAUUAUUGUAUAUAUUGAACGAUAUGCAGGGCGAUUGGUGGUAUGCUAAGAGUAAAACGACUAAUUUAUCCGGUUAUAUUCCAUCAAACUAUGUCGCUCGAGAGAAAAGUCUCGAUGCACAAGCAUGGUACUUUGGGCCAAUUCGACGAGUUGAUGCUGAAAAAUUAUUGCUACUAAAUAAUAAUGAACAUGGCGCAUUUCUUGUACGCGAUUCCGAAAGUCGACAAAAUGAUUUCUCAUUAUCAGUACGUGAUGGUGACGCAGUGAAGCAUUAUCGAGUUAGACAGCUGGAUCAAGGUGGUUUCUAUAUAGCUCGAAGGCGAUCUUUCUGUACGCUUGUUGAAUUAAUUAUGCAUUAUCAACGUGAGCAAGAUGGAUUGUGCGUACUACUCAAACAUCCCUGUAAACGUAUUGAUGUUCCACAAACGUGUACAUUUACAUAUGAUGAUCAAUGGGAAAUCGAUCGACGAUCAGUUAGAUUAGUUCGACAAAUUGGUGCUGGACAAUUUGGCGAG